ACCACUCAACUCAAAGCCACUGGUUCUGCUUGGCUCAUUCAUUCAUUCACUCAAAGCAACAAUGUUGCACUCCACACUCUCCUCCUCCUUCCACUCCACCACUCUCCCUUCAUCUCCUUCUCUUCUAUCUCCUUCUCUUUCCUCUUCAACUUCUUCUUACCAUCAUCCAUGUCUACUUCACCACCAUUUCUCCUUCCAGACUCAACAUCUUCGCUUAAGCAACCUCCGUGACCAUACUCAUUUCCCGUUAAGACCCAAAGCACUCAAAGUGAAUUGUUCCACAGGCGAACCAUUAAAGGUCAUGAUAUCAGGUGCACCUGCAUCGGGCAAAGGAACCCAAUGUGAAUUGAUUGUCCACAAGUUUGGAUUGGUGCACAUAUCAACUGGGGAUCUGCUAAGGGCAGAAGUAGCUGCUGGGACAGAAAUUGGAAAUAAAGCAAAGGAGUUCAUGAAUGCUGGUCGCUUAGUUCCUGACGAAAUAGUGACUGCUAUGGUGGCAGCGCGAUUGUCUCUUGAAGAUGCAAAGCAAAACGGGUGGCUUCUUGAUGGUUACCCUCGGAGUUUGGCCCAAGCUCAGAGUCUUGAGCAAAUGCAGAUACGACCUGAUGUGUAUAUUGUAUUAGAUGUUCCUGAUGAAAUUCUGAUCGAUAGAUGUGUUGGUAGAAGGCUAGAUCCAGUGACAGGGAAGAUAUAUCAUCUAAAAUUUUUUCCACCUGAAACUGAAGAAAUUAAAGCAAGGCUGGUAACUCGUCCCGAUGACACUGAAGACAAAGUUAAAUCACGCCUAAACAUAUAUAAGCAAAAUGCAGAAGCAAUAUCUUCCUCUUACACAAAAAUCACAAAUAAGAUUGAUGGCAGCCGUUCAAAAGAAAUAGUUUUCAAAGAAAUUGAGUCUUUGCUAUCACAAUUGCAUCAGGAUAAAGUUAAAAUAACGAAAUCAGGAGAAAAAUUGAUUCUUGAUACAAAGAAGGGGAAGGCAUCUUUGAGCCAGGAUAAGUGGAGAGGAAUUCCUACUAGACUAAAUAACAUUCCCCAUUCUCGAGAUAUCAGGAAAUAUUUCUAUGAUGAUGUGCUAAAAGCUACACAGAGGGCUAUCAAUGAUGGAAAAUCUAGGUUGAGGGUUGAUAUUAACAUUCCUGAACUGAAUCCGGAAAUGGAUGUUUAUCGAAUAGGUACCUUGAUGGAACUUGUUCGAGCUCUUGCGCUUUCAUUUGCUGAUGACGGAAAAUGUGUCAAGGUUUGUGUACAAGGGUCAAUGGGAGAGGGUGCUCUUGCUGGAAUGCCAUUGCAGCUUGCUGGAAGUCGACAGAUUUUAGAGUUCAUGGAUUGGGGUGAUUAUGGUGCAAAAGGAACCUUCAUCAAUAUUGGUACUAUAGGUGCUGCAGAGGUUGAAGAGCAAGAUGACAUGUUUAUCUUGGUAGCUCCUCAAAAUGCUGUAGGGAAUUGUAUUAUUGAUGAUCUAAGAGCCAUGACCAGUGCUGCUGAACACAGACCAGUUGUCCUAAUCAAUCCAAGGCUUAAGGAUUUACCUGGUUCUAGUGGUAUUAUGCAAACAAUGGGGCGGGACCAGAGGCUCAAGUAUGCAGCAUCAUUUGAAAGUUGCUACUUCUUUCGUCUUCUCUAUUAUGCAGGAACCCAGUAUCCCAUAAUGGGAGCUCUCAGGAUGUCUUAUCCAUACGGUUAUGAACUGUACAAGAGGGUAGAUGAGUCACCUGGAAAGGAGAAGUAUGUUAUUUUGUCUACGUUUCAACAAAGGCCUACUAUAGAUGAAAUUAAUGAUGCCUUUGAAGGAAAACCAAGUAAUGAAACUAGGAAAGCCUCAGGGUUUUGGGGCUUCUUGAGUGGCAUACUUUGAGCAGAGGAAACGCAAUGAAGUGUCAAAAAAGUCUUUACUUUUCUAUCUAAUUAUUAUUGAAGAAUGAUGACACUUAGCUGGUUGGAUGUAGGAAAGUGUCAAAAGUCAAAGGUUGUAGCACAACUUGCAGGUGGUGGAGCAACUUGUUUAAAUUUGAGUGCAAAAGUCUGGGAACUGAAGAUUUGAAAAGAAUUCUCAAAUUAUAAAUGAUCUUUGGGAUUUUAGAGACGGUGUCUUAUUUUGUCUAUAAAAACUGCAUCAAUAAAGCUUAUGGGGUCAAAUGAUAGCAAUUGUAUUGAUUUUUUUUAGUGCUGAUUUGUAAUUGGAAAUCAGUUAUUAUUUUCUUGUGGUUAUGAAUUAGUGAUGUAUAUCUACGACUAUUAUAACAUUUGAAAUGUCAAAUACUCAAU